GCUAGCUUUCAUGAGGAUUAUUCUCGCAGGCGUGUUAUCGUGAGUCCAGAGGACACACGGGAGAGCCACUGGUCCUGUUACUGACAGCAGGAAACAGCAUACAGUGUGCAGCACAGGAGUGCGGUACCCAACGACCGAACGAGGACUGCGAGCGGCGGACUGCAGCGCUGACAGCACAGCAGAGAGCAGCAAGCCAGCGCGGGGGCGAGUAGCGAUGAGUAAUCGUAGCAAUGCGCUAGAUGGCAAGCCAGCAGAGACAGCAGAGCACACAGCCUGGCCGGAACGCGCGUCGAGCUGCUGGAGCCAGCUCACUUUUAGUUAUGUCACGCCGCUCCUAAGGAAAGGUGCCCAAAAGACGCUCGACCCCGACGACCUCUGGCCGGCGUCUGACGAGGAGCGCGUGCGCACGCUGCGGGGCGGCGGCCGCGGCCUCCGUGCGAAACUCAGCGCGGCGUGCGGGGGGCUGAUGCGGCGCGCGGGCUGCUGGCAGGCCGUCGUCUCCGCGGGCCAGCUCGUCCAACCUCUAGUCGUGCGCGCGUUGGUGCUUGCCGUCUCUGAGGACGGCGCGAGGGCCAAAAACGCCGCGCUGCGCGUGACGGGCUACAUCGCGGCCCUCACGAUCAUCGUGGCCUUCGCGCAGCAGCGGCAGCUCCACCUCGCGACGCGGGCCGGGACGCGGCUGCGGGCCCUGGCCAUCGCGGAGGUCUACGCCGCCGCGGUGCUGCGGAGACGGUCGGACGCGCCCGGCGACGUCGGGACGUUGGUCGGCGUCGACGCGACGAAGCUCAUGGAGGCGUCGCUCGAGCUGCAUUUGGUGUGGGCGGCGCCGCUGCAGAUCGUCAUUGUGUCCGUGUUGUUAGUUUUUUUUGUCGGCGGCGACGGCGCGGCGGUCGCGGCCGGCAUCGUGUGCCUCGUGGCCGUGCUGCCGGUGGCCAAGUGUUUAGGACGGUGGAUGAUCGCGAUCCGCAAACGGCGGAUGCCGGUGACGGACGAGCGCGUCCGCGAGGUCGGCGAGGUGCUCGGAGGCGUCCGCGUGGCCAAGUACAACGGCUGGGAGGCGCUCUGGAGCGCGCGCUGGCGCGCGCUGCGGUCCAUAGAAUUGCACCACGUGCGCAUGGAGAUGUUCGUCUAUGGCCUGUCGAUGCUCCUCAUGGUCACGUCGCCCGUCGUCGCGACGAUCGCGCUCUUCACGACGCACAUGACGUCGUCGUCGGAUAAUUACCUGACGCCGGCGAACGCGUUCACGGUGCUGGCGCUGAUCGGGGCUUUGCGCUUCCCCAUCAACAAGCUCGGGACGCUGCUGGGGCAGCUCGCGCAGGCCAUCGAGAGCUUCCACCGCAUCGAGCAGUUCGUCGGGAUGAGUGACGAGGACGAUGACGAGGAGUCGAAGCGCGACGACGACGUUCUCACGGGUGAGGCGCUGGUCGUCGAGCGCGGCGCGUUCCGUUAUGCUGAAGGCGCCUUCGUCGCGUGUUCGAGCCGCCUGGACCUCGCGCUGCGGCCGGGCGAAUUGUGUUGCGUCGUGGGCCCCGUCGGGAGCGGCAAGUCGACGCUGAUCGACGGCAUCCUGGGCGACGCGGCCGCGUUGGACGGCACGACGGUCCGCUAUGAUCGGGCGCGCGUCGCGCUGGCGGCGCAGCGGCCGCGCGUGCUGAACGCCUCGGUGCGCCGGAACGUCACCGCGUUCUCGUCCGAGGGCUUCGACCCGGGGCGCUACGAGCGGGCCCUGGCGGCCGCGCAGCUCGACCAGGACGUCGCGCAGCUGCCGGCCGGCGACUCCACGGAGAUCGGCGAGCGCGGCGUCACGCUGAGCGGCGGGCAGAAGGCGCGCUUGGCCCUGGCGCGCUGCGUCUACGCGGCGCCCAAGUUGUGUUUGUUGGACGACCCGCUGUCCGCGUUGGACGCGUCGACGGGGAAGCGGUGCUUCGACGCGCUGCUGGGCGACCGGGGCGUUUUGAGAGAUGCGGCCGUCGUCCUCGUGACGCACGGCACGCACUACCUUAGAAGGGCGGACCGCAUUAUUGUACUGGAUGUCGACGGCGGCGUGGCCUUUCAGGGCACGUGGCCCGAGGCCGAGCGCGCGGCCGCGACGCGGCCGGACGAUUCUACAAUAGCGCCGCUGGUCGCCGCGCGGGCGCGGGGCCUGUCGCAGGACGACGUCGUCGUGGAAGAAGAAGUUGUUGUUCCUACAACGAGACGGAAGAGCGACUCGGCCGACGCCGCGCUCAUGACGGCCGAGGCCCGCGAGGCGGGCGUCGCCCGGGCGGGCACCUGGUGGGUCUGGGCACAGAGCGCCGGGGGCUGGUGGUUUUUGUUGGGGCAGGUCCUCACGCUGGCGUUGGAUCGGGCUUGUUACGUGGCGACGGAGUGGUGGCUGGCGAAGUGGGCCGACGCUAGGAGACAUCCGGUGGACGUAUUUGGAUUGGCGACGUUCCCGGCCCAGAACGAGGGGGGCUUGGCGGCGCGCUGGCGCUGGGCGCGCGUUUACCUGUCGCUGGGGGCGGCUUCUGUGGUUUUUUGUUUCCUACGGACGCAGUGGGGCUUCCAGGGCGGGGUGCGCGCCGCUCGGAAACUCUAUGAGGGCGUCUCGGCGCGGACGCUGAAUGCUCCGAUGUCCUACUUCGACACGACGCCCCAGGGCCGCGUCGUGAGUCGCUUCACCUUCGACACCGAGCAGAUCGAUGUUUUAUUAACUCAGAGAGCCGUGAUGUUCAUGAUCUCGGUGGGCUGGACCAUCACGGGCGUGUGCGUCAUGAUGGCGCUGACGCGGGGCACUAUCAUCGUGGGUCUCGUGCCGGCGUUCGGCGUCUACUUUCGCAUCCUCCAGUUCUACCGGUCGUCGGCCGUCGAUCUACAGAGAUUGGAUGCUUUGUCGCGGAGUCCUUUGCAAGCUCUUGUGUCGGAGGGCGUGGACGUCGCGGCGACGCUGCGCGCGUUUGGGGUGGGCAAGGCGUUCGCCGAUAGAUUUGAGAGAGCGGUGGACGGGAACACGUCGGCGUUGCUCGCGUGGACGGCGGCGCAGCGGUGGGUGUCCUUGCGCUAUGAUCUCUGUGCCGCCGUGAUUGCGGUCGCGGGCGGUAUUGCGGCUUCCUAUAGGGAGGAGAUCGGGAUCUCGCCGGCCAUGGUCGGUUUAUUGAUCACGUGGUGCUUCCACCAAGCGAUCUCGUUCUACUUUUUGUGCCUCACAUUUAGCGAGGCCGAGAUGGCCCUCACGUCCGUGGAACGCGUCACCGAGGCCGUGCCGGCGGAAGACGACUCGGGGCACGCGGCCCCGCCCAAGGAGUGGCCGUCGCGGGGCGCGCUCGAGUUCCGCGACGUGCGCAUGCGCUACCGACCCGGGCUGCCGCUCGCAUUGGAUGGGCUGUCGUUCUCCGUCGCCGCGGGGGCACGGUGCGGUGUUGUUGGAAGAACGGGCGCGGGCAAGUCGUCGCUCGCCGCUGCGCUGUUUCGGUUGACGCCCUUGAGCGGCGGCGCGGUGCUCGUCGACGGCGUCGACGUGAGCACGCUGCGCCCGCUCCGCGAGUGCCGGCGCCGGUGCGCCCAGAUCAUCCCCCAAGAUCCCGUAUUGUUCUCGGGAACGAUCAAGUCGUGCCUCGACCCCUUCGACCAGCGUUCUGAAGAUGAGGUGCGGGAGGCGCUCGAUUUGGUCCUGCCCGGCAGAGCGCCGCCCUUGGACGCGGAGGUGAGUGACGGCGGCGCCACCUACUCGAUCGGCGAGCGCCAGCUCCUCGCCAUGGCGCGCGCUCUGCUCGAACGCCCACGCGUUCUUGUUAUGGAUGAAGCUACCAGUUCGGUAGACGGCGACACGGACGCCCGCGUCCAAGCCAUGCUCCGCGACCUGCCGCAACUCUCGUCUACUACGACGCUCACGGUCGCGCACCGGCUCCACACGAUCAUCGAUUACGAUCAAGUCGUCGUCUUGGACGCCGGAAAGUGCGUCGAGGCCGGCGCGCCGCGGGAUCUGGUACAGCUGCCGAACGGGUGGUUCUCGGCGCUCGUCGAUUCGACGUCGCCCGCGACCGCGGCGGCGUUGCGGCGGGCGGCGCUUGCCUCCUCGUCCUAGUUGGUUGUUGUUCUAAACUCUUGGAUGUUGUCUUA